CGGAGGGAUGGGGGCAGGAGAGUGGGGCGCAGUAUUGGGUGCUGGGGAGAGCGGGCCUGGCAUAGCUGGCUCAGCAUCGUUCCCUGCGCCAUUCAACCCCGUCCUCUGAUUGCUCUUCCUUUUCCCGCCCCACUGUCUUCUUCCCGUUUGUCUGUCUCUCCCCCAUUCCCUGUCUUUUCCUUCCCUCGCUGAGGAUGUCUUGUAUACUUCUUCUGUCGUAUUCAUGGGCAUUGGAUUUUUCAUGACAGUAAUUAGAGCUAAAAUUGGUAAAUCCUCUGUAUAGUACAGGGGUUCUCAAACUGGAGGUGAGGACCCCUCAGGGGGUAACGAUGAGGUUAUUACAUGGGGAGUCACGAGCUGUCAGCCACCACCCCAAACCCUGUGUUUCCUCUGGCAUUUAUAAUGAUGUUAAAUAUAUAAAAAUGUGUUUUUAAUUUGUAAAGGGGGUCGCACUCAGAGGCUUGCUAUGUGAAAGGAGUCACCAGUACGAAAGUUUGAGAACCACUGGUAUAGUAUAUCUCUCACUUUCUCAAUCUCCAUAGCAUAAACUAAUUUUUUUAAGUAUCUGAGCAUAUUCUUUAUUGUAUUUCUAGGAGAUUCAGUUAGCUGAGAAUCAAGUACCCAUUUCUGUGUUAGUCAUGCGUUGUGCAAAUGUAACAAAAAUAUAUUUGUAGGUGUAUUGCUUUCUGUUGUAGAAUGUUAAAUAUAAGACCUAUACGAAGGAUAUGUUUAAAACAGAUGUAAUAUAAUCCAUAAACUGCUUCCCACAAACUGAGGACAGCAGGACACUAACUUCUCACCAGGACAUAGCCCCAGACCUUGGCGGUGGAACCACCCUCCCCCAUUUCCCCAUCCUCCUUGUGAAAUUUUAAAUAGUAUUGAAACUCUCAAAUGAUUAGUGACGCCAUAGAAACCACACAAUGUCAACAAAAGGAUCCAGUAGAUUUGUUUCAUUCCGGGCACUUUGUAAAAGUAUGUGCCCCUAUGGUCCGAUAUUCAAAGUUGGCUUUCAGAACUUUGGUCAGGAAAUACAGCUGUGAUUUGUGUUAUACACCAAUGAUAAUUGCUGCAGAUUUUGUCAGAUCUGUGAAAGCUAGAGACAGUGAAUUCACAACAAGCAAAGGUGAUCGCCCACUGAUUGUUCAGUUUGCUGCUAAUGAAGCACAGGUUUUAGCUGAUGCUGCCCGUAUCGUCUGUCCUUUUGCAGAUGGAAUAGAUCUAAAUUGUGGCUGUCCUCAGAGAUGGGCAAUGGCGGAAGGUUAUGGUGCUUGUUUAAUAAAUAAACCAGAGCUGGUUCAAGAUAUGGUGAGACACGUAAGAAAUCAAGUAGAGAACCCCAGAUUUUCAGUAUCUAUUAAGAUAAGAAUCCAUGAUGACCUAAAGAGAACUGUAGAUCUCUGCCGAAAAGCUGAAGCCACUGGAGUUUCCUGGAUUACAGUUCAUGGGAGAAAUGUAGAAGAACGACAUCAGCCAGUACACUAUGAUGCAAUUAAAAUAAUUAAACAAAAUAUGUCUAUACCUGUUGUAGCUAAUGGAGAUGUUAAAACUUUAAAAGAUGCCGAGAAUAUUCAUCAUAUGACGGGGACAGAUGGUGUAAUGGUUGCUAGGGGGCUCUUAGCCAAUCCAGCCAUGUUUGCAGGAUAUGAAGAGACACCUUUGAAGUGCAUCCAGGACUGGGUUGACAUUGCUCUUGAACAUGGGACUCCUUUUACGUGCUUUCAUCAUCAUUUAAUGUACAUGAUGGAACGGAUAACUUCAAAACAGGAAAAAAGGGUUUUUAAUGUUUUAUCAAGCACCUCAGCAGUUCUGGACUACCUUAAUGACCACUAUGGGGUGUAAUAGGUUUUUAAGUAUUUUAAUCAUGUUAAUAUUGCAUUUUAUAUUUUAGAGUUGCAGGUACUUUGUUAUAGUGGUAGGUUUCCCCAUGCUUAUAUUUAUUAGUCAAAAUCACAGUGCAUUGAAAGAUCUCAUGCAGUGUAACAUUACUGGACAUUUCUGAACUGAUCAUAUUAUAUUUUUAUAUUAACAUUAUUUUCAACUCAGGAAAUAUUCAUGACUUGAAAAUAGCUUUUAUAUAUGUAUGGUAAUGCAUUGCCAUACACAGGAAUGUGAUGCUGUAAGCAAAGUGUCUUAUGAGAAAAUAAAUUAUAUAUGCAGUACCAAA